AUGUGGACUAACAGUAGCAUGAACCCUCUGUACUUUGAGUUCACUCUCUUCUCAGACUUGGGUCCUCUCAGAUACGUCUUCUUCUGUGUGUGCGUGUGCAUCUAUGCGACCAUCGUGUGCGUGAACGCCGCCAUCGUCCUCAGCGUGUCCUCACACCGGUCUCUGCACCGUCCCAUGUACGUCUUCAUCUGCUCUCUGUCUCUGAACUCUCUGUACGGCUCCGCCGCCUUCUUCCCCAGGUUCCUGUGCGACCUGGUGUCGGACGCUCACUUCAUCUCACGCCCGUCGUGUUUCCUUCAGAUGUACGUCAUCCACAGCUACAAAGGUCAGGAGGUCACCAUCCUCACCGUCAUGGCCUACGACCGCUUCGUGGCCAUUUUCCACCCACUGCACUACCAGAGUAAAAUGUCCAUGUCCGUGGUUGGAAGCCUCCUGGUGCUGGCGGUCCUGUACCCGGUGGCGGUGUUCGGGUUCUUCUUCUACUCCAGCAGUCGUCUUCCUCUGUGUGGACACGAGCUGCGGCGUCUCUUCUGUAAUAACUGGAGCAUCGUCCAGCUGUCCUGCGUGGAAACCGUCACCAUCAACAAAUCCAGUCAGUUCUUCAUCGUCAUGUCCAUCUUUGUGCCGCUCUUCUUCGUCCUGUACACGUACCUGCGCGUUCUACUGCUGUGUCGCCGCAGCUCGUCAGAGUUCAGGAGGAAGGCUCUGCACACCUGUCUCCCUCACAUCGUCACCUUCCUCAACUUCUGCGUCACCGUGUUCUGCGAGGUUCUGCUCAGUCUCUACAGAGUGGACCAGGUCAACGUGUUUGUGGUGGCGGUUCUGUCUCUGGAGUUCCUGCUGUUUCCUCCCAUCACCAACCCGCUGGUGUACGGUCUGAGCCUCCCGCAGAUCAGAGCCGUCGCUUUCAGACGAGUCCGGAUCCACGCGAGGGUUCCUGCCAAAAAGCUCACUAAUCCACACUAACUAAAUCAUGUUUUUG